AUGGCUUCAUUACAAUCCUUUUCAUCUAUUCUUUCUGCUUCAAAUUCAUCAUCUUCUUAUUCGUCAGAAAGAAUCAUUAAAUCCUCUUUCCAUGUCCCAAAACUUUCUAAAAUAAUUUCUAUAGCUCCAAAAACAAGACCAAGCAGAAAGCUAUUUGAAGAACUAAACGGUCAACUCACACACACAAUCAUCCAACAAAAUGAUCAUCAUUAUUCAUCCAAUAAUUCCCUUUCUCCAUCAUCCAAAACAAAAACCAUUUCCCAACUCUAUGCAAUUCUCGAAUCCGUUUCCGACAGAAUAGAAAUGCAUCAAAACAUCUCCGAACAACGUGACAACUGGAACUCUCUUCUGUUAAACUCCAUCAACAUGAUCACACUCACCGCCUCCGCCAUGGCAGGCAUUGCAGCCAUAAGCGGCUCCGGCGCGUCACUUUUGGCCCUCAAACUAUCUUCCGCACUUUUGUUCUCAGCUUCAACUGGUAUGUUAGUCAUCAUGAACAAAAUCCAACCUUCACAACUAGCUGAGGAGCAAAGAAACGCAACAAGAUUGUUCAAAGAGCUUAAGUCUCACAUCGAAACCACAAUAGCAUUAGGCAAUCCCACUGAGAAGUAUAUAAAGGAUGCAAUUAAAAAAGUUUUAGCUCUAGAUAGAGCUUAUCCACUUCCUUUGUUAGGAGUUAUGAUUGAAAAGUUCCCUCAAAAAUAUGAACCUGCAACAUGGUGGCCUGCAAAAAGCUCACCUAGAAGAAGCAACGAGCAAAAUAAUGAAAUAAAACAAAAAGGGUGGAAGAAAAAUGGAUGGAAUGAAGGGUUAGAAAGUGAAGUAAAAGAUGUGUUACAAGUUAUGAAGAAAAAAGACAUGGAGGAUUAUGAGAGAUUAGGAAACUUGGUGUUGAAGGUUAACAAAACAUUAGCAAUUGCAGGUCCUUUACUCACUGGAAUUGCAGCUGUCGGGUCCACUUUUGUUGGGCAAGGUUCAUGGACAUCUAUAGUUCCUGUUAUGGCAGGAGCAUUGGCUACAGCUGUUAAUUCUCUUGAACAUGGUGGACAAGUUGGGAUGGUUUCUGAGUUGUAUAGAAACUGUGGUGGAUUCUUUCAAAUGAUGGAAAAUUCAAUUCAAGAGAAUAUAUUGGAGGAAGAUGAAGAACAAAGAGAAAAUGGAGAGUUGUUUGAAAUUAAAUUGGCUUUGAAGUUGGGAAGAAGUUUGUCACAGUUGAGAGAUCUUGCUAGAAAAUCAGCUUAUUCUCGCGUUGAGGGGACUACAGUAGAUGAAUUUGCUAGCAAGCUGUUCUAA